UAAUUACAUUUGUUAGUGAAUUGUUACACCCAACUACCUCAAUUCCUACACCCCCAUGGUAGCAACUGACAUGCCGCCAUUUGCCACGAUUUUCGUCAAGCCAUAUCGUUCGAUGAAUAGUUUGCGUCAUCACUACUACCGAAAAUUACGGGGUAACAGUAAGAAAUAUUUGGGAAUUGAGGACAAGCUUGAUGAAUCUCAGGAGCCAAUCAGAAGUGUCCAAUAUAAAACAAAACAAAAAUAUUCCCGAGAAGAUGAUAAAAAAAUCGUAGACUACAUAGUCAAAAAUAACCUAAUUGAUUAUGUCGGAGGGUUGACAGUUUUCAAGCGAAUCGAAGCGGAUGAGAUCUUCAAAAAUCCGACUCGCACAUGGCAAAACUUGAAAAACCAUUACAACAAUGUCCUCCGAGAUAGGAUUGCAGAAUACAUUGAUGAUCCUGAUGUGAUCAAGGCAUUUGAAGAGGGAAGGAAACGGAGGUAUUUGAAGUUCGUUGAACGAUCCUCCAAAAUCCAAGUCAAAUAGAAGUUGACGUCUGCAGGCUGCGUUUCUGCUUCUCAGAUACAAGCAAAAAGUACUUGGUGUAGAAACUUCUGUAUUUUUCUGAACAAAAUAAAACGGGAAUAGAGAC